AUGACCACGCACCCAGGCACGCCACAGAUCACCAGUUUCCCAUAUGGACCAGUCAUUGCUGGAAUACAGCUCAACUUGAAGUGUGUGGCCUCGCCUCCUGGAGAUACCUACGAUUGGUACAAAGAUGGUACAAAGGUUACAACAUCAUCGAGUUACGACUUCCAAGUGACAAAAGAGAGUGCUGGUGUUUACAAAUGUGUGGCGAGAAAUGAUGUCGGGUUUGGUCCAAGUAGUGACAAGACAUUAGUCGUUUAUUACAAACCUGAUUCCGUGGUCGUGUCAUCGGGAAAGACCGCGUCCUAUGUUGGGGAGAAGGACAAGUUCACCUGCACAGUCGCUGGCGGCAACCCGACCCCGACCGUGAAGAUCUACUUCAAGAGGUCAGGCGGAACACCAGGAGAGGUCAUCCAAGGUCAAGACAGGGUGAUGGCCGAAGAAGACAACCAGGCUGAGUACUACUGCGAGGCGAAGGUCACUGGGUAUCCCACCUUGGAUAUGACUUCAAGCAGGAAGACAUACAGUGUAACGUUUUCAAACACCAAGGUUUCCUUUCUCAAUAACCCGACCGCUGCUGUCCAGGCUGGUCAGGUAAAGAAGUUCACAUGUGAGACGGAUGAGAGUAAUCCAGUUACCUACAUCAAGUGGUAUCAAUAUAGUAGUGGUCCUCGGUGGCAAGAUGUUACAACCGGAAUAUCAUCAUCCGAGAGGAAUGGUGUGUAUGGUGGAAAGAUGAGGAUCAGUGAGUGGUCUUUAACUGCAACAAAGGCAAUGAAUGGUGAAGCUGUAAGAUGUGCGUCCAUCUACUCCCUGACUGGUCAUGUCUUUACGACAAAUACCGAUACCACAAUGUAUGUAAAAUUUAAGCCAUCAAAGAUAACUUUGCUACGAAAACCACCGACAGUGAUCUACGAGGGGAAACUGAUCACGAUCAUCUGUGAGACAAACAGCGCCAACCCGGUUGCGAAUGUAACGUUCCACCGGAAGAGGAAAGGAGGAACCUGGGAGCAACUGACGUCGGGGAUAACAUCUGAAGACAGGGCGGCAGAAUACAAUGGCAGGAUUCGAAAGAGUACUUUGGUUGUGACAGCCAAUAGGUUGGACACACAGGCUGUGUUCAAAUGCGAGGUUCGUGAUGGGUUAUUCCAGAUGGAACAGACAACUACAGUUAAUGUAUAUUCUGUCCCGACGUUUACGAUAACCCGUAACGGGAGACUGGUGACUGUGGUGUUCGUGCCGCAGAUUCGGGAGUACACAAGUUUCCAGCUCAAGUUCUGUGGGCCGAGUCAGACACCAAAAACGUCUGGAUGCGGCGGGGUUCGCUUCACCAUCCAUGAUCCAACGACAUCAACUUACAGAGUUAAUGUGACAAACGAGACCACGACCUAUGUUUUCUACAUGGAUUUGUACAUUGCCGAUGAUGUUGUUUAUAGUUCUGGUCAAUUGCAUCCUAAACAGGCCGUGCCGGCUGGAAGCAGUCCUGAUGGUGGCAUGAUAGUUGGCGUGGUUGUCGCCGUCGUCAUCCUGGUAGCAAUGGUGGUGGUGGUUGUCGUCGUGCUACAUAGGAGGAACAUGGCAUGCUUUGCUGGUCGAAAUAAACCCGAUGAAUCAAAUCAUGCUGACGGGAAAACUGGCACCACGCGAGCUGAUUCGGUAUUUCAUGACCCUUUAUACAUGAACGUCGUCAACAGGGCAUUUGAAGGUGGCGAUACUCCACAUGAACCGGUUUAUGUGAAUUUUCCUCAACAGAAUCCCGUGGAAGGUGGCGAUACUCCACAUGAACCGGUUUAUGUUAAUUUUCCUCAACAGAAUCCCGUGGAAGACGGCGGUGAAAAUCCGUAUGACGAAAUGGAAAAUCCAUAUGCUGACUUGAACAUCACGCCUGAUGUGAUCGCAAGCCAGACGUAUGCUGAAUUGAAAUAUUGAAAAUCAAGACGGAAAAUGAAAGAAGGUUUCACACGAGUCCAGUUUGUGUCACAUAUGCAGAGUGAGACGAUAAAAUGACUUCUGUUUUUAUUGGCUCUAACAUUUUGUUAUUGAUUUACAAAGUAAAAUGGAGGCAAGCUUGUCACCGGGGACAGCUAGCCCUUCUGUAUGUACAUGCAGUAUUUACCACUCUCAGUUUAUACGAGACAAGAGUUGUCACGACAUAUUGCAUGUAGUUAUCCAUCAUUAUACACUAGACUUGUAAUUGCAUCAGUGCUGGCCGCAAUAGGUCGGCGUUGUGCUUUUUGCCAGAACCCAUUCAUCUCAUUAUUCUCAGCCGGUGAAAUACAUUACAUCUUUCACUGGGUGCAGACCUCAAACACGCACUGAGAUAACUUGGAACUCGCAAGUUGAGUAUUUUUUAAAUAGGCCUACCAAUAAGGUUGGAUUCGCGUACAGUUGACGUUGUCGUUUAUAGAAUAAACAAGUCAUUUCUAGAGAGCGGACCACGACUACGAUGUCAUUUUCACCCCUUCGUCAGGUGCAGUCUGUUAGCAAACAUGCUCGUGACGAGUGAAAUGUGAACCGUGACAAUGUAAAUCCAAUGCAUAUCUGGCCUAAGGUCAUAUUUAUCUAGGGGUUUCGUUAUUACUUG